CACGAAUUGCCACGGUUGGUUUAUAGGCCACAACGAUAACUAUUGUCCAAAUGGUGGCCGUAUACUACAGCUUUUUGUCCAGGCUAUCCCUCAAAAGCAGACGCCCAUCCAGUUACAAAACCCAUCUAGUACCGUUGAGCUAGCCUCGCGUCUGCUAAUCAUUAGAAUCAUCAUCCAACUCUUCUGAUAUCUUCAUCUUUCUACUAAUUCUCCGCAACGCUACCAACUCCAUAUAUCAAUAGACCAUCUGCACUGGGAUCACUACAUUGCUUUUUUUGUCUCCAUUUAUUCAAGAGACCAUAACUACCCUUCCGAGCGCGUUACUUAAUAGACAGAUGGAUACUUCUGUGAAGAUCUAUUCCUAUAUCGAUUCAUUAAAACUAUACACUCAUUCCGAGUCUGUAUCCAUGUCUACUAUCCCGUUCCAAGCUGUGCCACAGGAUAUUACGAUUCGAGCAGGUCAUCCCCCGAGAUACGCCUUCCUGGCUCAUCCCCCGCCCCCUAAAAAGCGUCCCACACAGCCACUGCCUUCCCCGCCUUCGUACGCUGGGGCGGCUGCUCCUUGCACUCCCCCGCGCAUCCGCCCCCGCUCGAAUACUUUUUCUACCAUCACCGCAUGGGCAGCCCGUGUCCAGCCUGGAUCCCCUGCAUCUAUUUCUCCGCGUUCUCCGCGUCGCCGUCCCUCGAUCGGCUGCGGUCGCAGAGCAUCCAUUACGUCCGCCCGUGGCUCAUCGGGGUACUUCUUAAACGUUUCAGACACCCCUUCCACUGCCUAUCGCAACGCCGCAACCCCCUCGAUACAGAACUUUAAAGCUGACCUCACCUCUGUCGGUUAUACUUCUGCCUUUUUGCAGUUCCCUAAGACUCCCAUCGCGGUCCAGCCUCGCACUGCUGAGGCCGGGUACCAAAUCACAAUACCUCCUGUACCCGUAUCACCGACACGCAAGUCUCGCGGCCUUACACGCUUACGCUCCCUGUCCGCACUGAAGUGCCACAGCAGAUCCAAGUCCGCGGCGCCCUCGUCUCCUACAAAGAUGAAGGCAAAGGCAGCAGCGUCAUCUGCUGCUGUGGUCAAGCGCAAGAAGGCGAAGUACGCUCACAUGCGCCCUGCACCUCUUGCCAAUGAACUCGCGCUUAUGCAGUUUGCUGAUGGUGGCAGCAUGGAAUCUAACAUCAAGCGUGUCAUGGAGGCUCAGGCCAGAGCUGGUGCUGCCGGUGUUGGCGAUAUCCACCGCGAUGGCCAAGGUGGUAUGUGGUGGGAUCAGGAAGAGGAAUGGGAGUACCGCCAUCUCCUCGCCGGCGGCGAGGAUGGUGCCGCUCGUGGCACGGGUGACCUGGGAUGGGUUACUUUUGGCGGGGACAAAUCGUCCUCCGCUAACCCUGACGUGGAUGAAAACCAUCGCAUCAGCGUUUCAUCCCGAGACUCUGACUUGGAUCCGCGCUACAUCAUCCAGCCCACUGACCAUCUUGACACGGAUGAUCUUGCUGUCUUCGGAAGCGCUCCUGCUCCCCUCGCUACUCGCAAACCAGGAAUGUCUGUCCUCGCGCUCCCAUCCCGCCCUGGGCGCGCUGCCAAGCACCUCCGCAAACCCGACUACCUCUUGAACGAGGCAUUCACCAUAGGCUCUGCAUCUCCCAAGAGCCCUCAGUCUACGAUCUCCGCAUGUGCAAGUGGUGUCGCUAAGCCCAAGGGCAAGGCGCGCAGACGCCCUACGCCACUGACGCUCGCCCCUCCCAGCCCUGCACUGAAGCAGCCGUCGAACUCUCCCGUGGAUGCUGAGCGCACCCGUAAGAAUUUCCUCGAGUCUUCGUUCGAGCCUGCAUUUUUUCCUACCCCUGCUGCUCCAAUCAUGUACGAGGACGAUCGUAGCAAACUCCCCGCGCAAUCCAACAACGGCUCACUCAGUCUCCCCUCCAAGAAGACUCUCGCAAAGAAGCCGCCGAGGCUUAACAUGAUAGGCCUCUUCAAGUCCUCGAAAAAGUAGGAGGCGGAGUGUAGUGCCAGUCCAUUCAUGACCUUUCUAUCUAUUUUCCAUCAAUUCGAACGCUUAUUGACGCUGAUCUCAUUGUAUCUUGCUGAGCAUUUUUGGUUACGAUUUUGUAGCACUAGUGUUUAUAUGGAGUUGGAUCUAUAGAAGAAUAUUGGUAUUUAGUCCUUGCUAGCUUGUAUCCAUAGAAAUAUCUUACCUGUCACACGUAAUUCGAGAUACCAUCGGUUUCUGACCUUUUGAUUGUUUGACUUUAGACAGCGGCUUAUAAUCCAGAAUGCGACUCCGAAUAUAGAUUAGCAACAAGUUCAGUGGCCAACUUUCCAUCACGCCUGAUUCCC